AUUCUCAGUUUUAGACUGAAAAAAAUUAAACUUUGCUUGUUUCGGUCUCUUUAGUGCGAGAACGUUUGUUUUGAAGAUUAGACUCUAAAUUUGACGAAUCAAAGCCAUCUUAAACCUUAUCCAAGAUGAACCUGUUGCUCGCUAGAGCCUUCUUUCUUUGCCUCUUGCUUCCAGCCGUGUCGAGUUUAAACUGUUAUGUGUGCAGCUCAUCCAAAUCAUGGGAAGACUGCACGACAACAAGCCACAAGUGUCCAGCCGGGUAUGAUAGGUGCAGCAAGGUUUAUCUCAAGGCCGGUAGCAUCGAGUCUUUCAGAAAGUAUUGCGCUCCCAAGGCUGCCUGUACACCGAGUACCGACUUUACCUGCAAGCAUGCUAUUGAAUCAAGUUCUUUCGACUGCGACGUCACAUGUUGCGAAGGUGACCACUGUAACUCUGGCUCAGCUUUGUUCAUCAGCGUUAUCCUCUUUCUGACAUGCGGAUUGGCGUCCCUGUGGAUUGUUGUCAAAGAUUGACAUUCAGUUGUGUUGUAACAUGAGGAAAUCUAUAUGCAGCUCCUUUAAUUUAGGGAGAGAUGAAAGAUGGUAGCGUCUCUUGACAGUUUCGAUACAUUUAGUUAAGCAGGAGCCUGCUUUCAAAAUAAAAUGUUUAUGUUUUCUAUGAA